GAGCCCUGAGGGAGCCCUGAGGGAGCAAGUAUCCCCACGAGCGCCAAGAUGCAGCCAUGGCUCUGGCUGGUCUUCAGUGUGAAGCUGGCAGCUCUCUGGAGCAGCUCUGCCCUCGUUCAGACCCCCGGCUCCAAAACACUUCUAACCAGUCAAACAUUAGAAAUAUCCUGCGAAGCUAAUACCCUCCCUAAGACCUCACUCAUCUACUGGUUGAGACAGCGCCCGGGAUCCAAGGACAAGCGCUUUGAGUUCCUGGUCUCCUGGAAUCCUUCCAAAGGAAUUGCUGUGUACGGUGAAGGGGUGAAGAAGGAGCACAUGAUUGUGUUUUCACAUCUAAGCCGGUCCAUCCUCAACCUCACAAGACUGAAGCUGGAGGAUAGUGGCACCUACUUCUGCAUGAUGAUCGGGAGCCCCCAGUUGAUCUUUGGGAAAGGGACAGAGCUGAGAGUGGUUGAUGUCCUUCCUACAACUGCCCAGCCCACCAAGAAGACUGGCAUCAAGAAGAAACCGUGCCCAUGCACCAAAUUAAAGCCCCAGAAGGGCAUGACGUGUGGCCUCGUUACCCUCAGCCUGCUGGUGGCCUCCAUCCUUGUUCUGCUGGUAUCCCUGAGUGUGGCUGUCCACUUUCACUAUAUCACUCCACAGACCCAGGAGGCCAACGUGAGCCUCCACCUGUGUCUGCAGUCAGAUGAACCCUAG